AUGCAAGCAGUUAGUAAUGGCUAUGAGAAGGUGUUUAGUAGUGGAACGUUGGAUUGCAGCAUCUCUAAAGGCGACAGCCAAUCACACUCUCGCGGUGGGCAUCGCCUCCAUUCGUCAUCGACAGGUUCCGGUGAAUUCGGGCUGUCCUCCUCAUCGCUAUCGCCAAAUGCGGCCGCGAUUCUCUCAUCAACGUUGCCGAACUCGACUCUCGAAGACAGUGCGAUCGGCAUUCUGAUGUCCUAUCUGAAGAGAUCGGUGAUUGUGCAAACUCUUCCCGAUGAUACACCCACCAAAUUGGGUAUCACCGAGGGUACACAACGAUCUCCACUUCAAGAUCAACUUGACACGGUUGUUACGGUAUGUUGCACUGAUCAGAUUUCACAUGAUCAGCAGCUGAUCGUCUUGAAUUGUUUUGUUGUAUUGCGUUCUAGACUGAGGCAAUGA